UUAUGAAAAGCCGCCAUAACGUUGUUGCAGUGCAAAUCCUGCUUUUACUUUUUUUUGAGGUUAUGUGAGAUCAUAGUUCUGUUCCAUGUGACACUUGAUAAUCUGGAUCUUUAAUAAAUUUAAAACUUCAGACAGGAUGGAAGAUAAUGAUCUUGUUGGCUUUGCCGAUCCAAAUACAGUUAGUGACAAUGAUGAGAAUAAUGAAAUCACUAAUAUUAAAAAGAAGAUUUGCAAGAAAUCAGGAGGGUUUCAAUCCAUGGCCCUUAGUUUUCCAGUAUUGAAGGGAAUCCUCAAACGUGGAUACAAAAUACCUACACCUAUACAAAGAAAGACUAUACCAUUGGCUCUUGAGGGAAGAGAUGUAGUAGCGAUGGCUAGAACAGGUAGUGGAAAGACUGCUUGCUUCUUAAUCCCUUUGUUUGAAAAACUCAAAGCAAGGCAAGCUAAGGCAGGUGCACGUGCAUUAAUACUGUCACCUACACGUGAACUGGCAUUGCAGACACUGAAAUUCAUAAAGGAAUUAGGAAGAUUUACAGGAUUUAAGGCAUCGGUGAUACUGGGUGGUGAUAGUAUGGACGAUCAAUUUAAUGCGAUUCAUGGAAAUCCUGACAUCAUUGUAGCUACCCCAGGUAGAUUUCUGCAUAUAUGUGUGGAAAUGGAUCUGCAAUUGAAAAAUGUUGAAUAUGUCGUCUUUGAUGAGGCUGAUAGAUUAUUUGAAAUGGGUUUCGGGGAACAGAUACAAGAAAUUGUGAACAGAUUACCAGAAUCACGUCAAACAUUAUUAUUCUCUGCUACCUUGCCUAAGAUCUUAGUAGACUUUGCGAAAGCUGGUCUGAGCGACCCAGUUUUACUUCGUUUGGAUGUUGAGAGUAAGCUGCCUGAAGGGUUAUCUUUGUCUUUUAUUACAUGUCGUCCUGAAGAGAAAUUGGCUGUACUUUUGAGUUUACUGAAAAGAAUCAUUAAGCCUGAGUCGCAAACAAUUAUAUUUGUGGAAACUAUGCAUCACGUGGAAUAUAUUCAUCAGAUAUUGGAUAAGGCGGGUAUAUCUAACACCUUUAUUUAUUCAAAUUUGGACCCUUCCGCGCGUAAAAUAAACGCAGCUAAAUUUCAAAUGGGUAAAGUGCGAGUUCUCAUAGUGACAGAUGUUGCCGCUAGGGGAAUAGACAUACCACAUCUCGACUUUGUGAUUAAUUUUAAUUUUCCUGCAAAAUCUAAACUCUUUGUACAUAGAGUAGGACGAUGCGCUCGGGCUGGACGUGCUGGAACAGCAUAUAAUAUUGUGAGCUCAGACGAGUAUCCUUAUCUCCUAGAUCUGCAUUUGUUCCUUGGCCGACCAUUAACGAUAGUGCCGACUACAGGAUCCACUGAAAAUAUGGAAUCCGCCGUAGGAAAAUUGCCACAGGCUAUGAUAGAGGAGGAAUUAGCUGAAUUAAUAAAUUGGCAUAAUACCUCUACUGAUCUUAUAAAUAUGCGAAAAGUAUGCAAUAAUGCCUAUCAACAAUAUGUCAAAUCGCGACCGGGUGCUUCAAUGGAAAGUGUUAAAAGAAUUAAGGAGCUUCGCAUAAAUGAAGCUGGUGUUUUACCAGAGUAUUCUGAUGAUUCUCAUGCAGCUGCAGAUAUAAUAUCCAGGAUGAAAAAUUACAGACCACAAGGAACGAUAUUUGAAAUUGGUACAAAGACAAAUUCAACUGACUACCAGGUGAUGAAGACGAAACGAAUGUUUCAUAAGGAAAAUAUUCUUAAUUUCCACAAAAAAGUGGAAGAACGUAAAACCGAUAAAAUCAAUACAGCAUCAGAAUCAUCUAAAAAAAUCAAUCUGCCGUCCAGCAACGCGGAAGAAAUUAAUGCUGCGUUCAACACGGUAGUAGUUCCAAAAAAAAUAAGCAGUAACGAUUUGUACAAAAUUUCAAAGAAGAAAUGUACAACGAAACGAGACGAAGAAUAUUAUAUACCUUAUUCUGCACCAGAUAAGCAUACAGAAGAUGGUUUAGCUGUUAAUACAUUUGCGACUGAAGCUGAUAAGGCGCAAAUAGAUUUAACAGCAGAUAACGAAGAGGGUCGACAUCUGCAAAUGCAAUUGAAGAAAUGGGAUAGGAAAAGGAAGAAAAUGGUCACUGUCGAGAGGGAUCCGAAAGCGAAAAAAAUACGCACUGAAUCGGGUGCAUGGAUACCUGCAACAUAUAAAACAAAUCGUUAUAACGUGUGGAAGGAGAAGAAUAAAAUCGAUGAAAAUGAUAGCGAAGAUGAUAGUACGGAAGAAUCUUCGCAGAUGAAAAACUUACGGACCACAGCAAACACACAUUGGGCGCGGCACAACCAGAAACUUAAAGAUAAAAUCAAAGUAAAGAAUGAGCUGAAGAGACCCGAACAAAUCUUGAAAGCACGCAAGCUAUUGGAAAGAAAACGCCAGAGAAACGGCAGAAGAAAAAAUAAAGGUCAAAAAAAAGGUACAAAAAAACAUUAAGAUGUUUUAAAUAUUUAAAAUACAUUAGCAUUGUAAUACAGUCAAUUUUACGCAUUGGUU